AUGGGGUUGGCUGGUCGUAGCCCUCAAUUAUGUGAGCUUUGGGUUGCAUGCUUUUGUUCUACUCUAUGGUUCAUUUGGCACUCACGUAAUAAAGCUAGAUAUGAGGGUAUAGAGCCUAAUGUUUCUAGGGUUCAAAGGUUGAUCGUUGGGUGUGUUAAUGGCUCUAGUUGUUUGGCAUCUGGGCCCAUGAAUAACAUGAUUCAAGAUCUUAGGGUUGUCAAGCGCUUUGGAGCUUCAUGUAGGCCAAGGCGUGUUCCUCGCAUUACUGAGGUUCACUGGAAUUCCCCGCCAUAUGGUUGGAUUAAAAUAAAUACAGAUGGGGCUUGGAAGAGUACAUCCAAUGAAGCUGGUUAUGGUGGUGUCUUUCGAGAUCACAGGGGAAUUGUCAUAGGUGCAUUCUGUUCUAACCUUGACAUUCCAAGUUCGCUAGAUGCGGAGGUCGUGGCAGUUAUCAAAGCAAUUGAUUUAGCUUAA